AUGCUCGUAGUUCUUGUCAUCCCUCGUCCCUCCGUUUGCUACCCAUCCAUGUCCGUCUGUGCAUGGCAGGGUGGUGGAGCCAUCAAUCCCUUCUCCCUUCCCCUUCCACAUGGCAGGGUGGUGGAGGUGCGCAACGAAGCAGCGCUGCGCUGGUCGCCGAUGCAACCACUUCCCUCGUGUAUCAAAUGCACCAAUUUCACCGUGUUCCAUGGCUGUGUGGUGUUAUUCCCUCCUCCCUUCUCUCCACAUGGUGGUGGAGUGCUGUACCGGCGGCAGGUGACUGGCAGGGCGUUUCAGGCCGCGAUGAGGGAGAGGAAGAUCCCCUUUAACGUGCAUGGCGUGGCGUUUUACAGGAAGAAGGCCCUGCGCAACGUGCUUGCUCUGUUGCGCCUCUCCCUCCCUGCGCUAGUGGACAACACUGCCGCCCGGAGAGUCUGGAAGCUGCUGUUCAGCCGCGAAAAGGACGAGGCAAAGAAGGCUGCAGAUCACGUGGAGCAGAGGGCUAGGGACCGAGGCUGCAGCUUCCUGGAAGCUGCAGAGACUAUUUUCUCAGGGAAAGUGUCAGGAAGGUUCACAAGGAAGCAGCUUAGAGCCGGUGCUUCUGUGCUCACCACUAUCCGCAUCGCUCGCAACCUCCUCAAAACGGUCAGUGCUGUGCUGUUCCAACUUGCACCCGAGGUGUCAUUAACAGCUUUUGUCGACUCCAUCAUCAAGCUCAUUCCCGAGGCCCGCCAAUUUCUUAUCGAUGACAUCAGCGCCUUCCUCUCCCUCCACACGCCCAAACCACCUGACACAGUCGCCAACGAUGAAACCACCUGCAGAAACACCUGUGCUGCCGACGCUGCCACCAGCUGCUUUCCCCCCUCUGUCUUCUCCUCCUCCUCUCUUUUCUCCUCCUCCUCCUCCUCUUCCUCCUCCUGUGCUGCUCUGCUGCGGGCCUUUCUGGACUAUGUAGCGGCAAGGGAGGCUCAGAACAACGCUGUGAGGCGGAAGGAGAAUGAGGAUUCGGUCACGCUCACCACCAUGCACCAGUCCAAGGGUCUGGAGUGGCACACGGUGUUCAUUGUGAGCGCCAUCCAAGGGUCUGGAGUGCACACGGUGUUCAUUGUGGGCGCCAGUGAGGGGGAGACGCCUACCUCACAUUCGUCCCAAUUACCUCAAUAUCCCCUUUCGCGUUUCCCCAUUAACCCCCUCCUCCUGCUUAACCUAACCCCCUCCUCCUGCUUAACCUACCCCCCUCCCCAGUCCAAGGGCCUGGAGUGGCACACGGUGUUCAUUGUGAGCGUCAACGAGGGGGAGACGCCGCUGCAAAACAGAUUCGAGGAGGAGAGGGGUGGGAGUGUGGAGAGGGGGAGUGUGGGGAGGGCGAACGGGGAGGGGUCAGAGGAAGAACCGCUUUCACUGGAGGAGGAGAGGCGGCUGUUCUAUGUGGCCAUGACACGUGCUCGCCACCGAUUGGUUAUCGUGACGCUCAGGCAGACACCUGAGAAGCAGGUUCUCCAGCCCUCUCGGUUCAUCCAAGAAAUCCCCUCAAAUCUGCUCCUCUGGCAAGGCAAUGCACCCAUCACAGCCCCGGUCGCCUCCCCUGCCUCUGCCCGGCCUCGCACCCCUGCUGCGUCAUACCCUGAUGGAGGGAAUGAGCAGCGAGGGGCAGGGGUCGCAACUCGAAAUCUUGGUCUUGGGGUAGUAAUUGGUGUAGGGGAAGGGGAGGGGGUGCAGGAAGAGGAGGAAGGGGAUGUGGAAUGGGGAAAGGGGGAAGGAGGUGAGGAGGAAGAAGAGAUGAGGGGCGUGGGUGGGGAGGAGGAGGCAGUGAGUGAGGGAGUGCUGCCAACUGGCGAUUUCCUCAAGAGCUUCCCCACGGAUCACCGUGCGAUCAUAGCAGCAAUCUUCCACUCCUGGGCCCGCCGCCCUGCUUUUCAACAGCCGUCGCGUCUUCUAGCUAAGGUGAGAGCAGUGGUGGAUAGCAGGCAGAGCAGCGGAACAGCAAGAUCAGCUGGUGGCAAGGAGGCCUUAAGACUGCUGCGACCACUACUGUCCUCCACACAAGCUGCUUCCUUUGCAGCACAUGUAAGAGUUUUCAAAGACUCUCCCUUUGAUCCAACGGUCACUUGA